AAAAUUAGUGUCCUCUUGUAAAUAUCCGAUUGGAAUUUAGAGGUGAUGGGAUGGAUUCUCUCGAAAUUCUAGAUGAAAAACUCACUGAAUGCCCUGCUAAUAGUGAGGAUGCUGGAAGAAGCUCUGUUUGUGAAGGCUGUCCUGGCCAGACUUUGUGUAGAAUGCAAGGUGGAGCAGAUCCUGACCAAGAAAUAAUAGAUGUAAGAAUGGGUGCCAUUAAACACAAGGUUCUGAUUCUAUCUGGAAAAGGAGGUGUUGGUAAAUCCACUGUUGCCUACCUGUUGUCAUUGGCUCUUGCUAGAUGUCAAUCAUCCAAGGUGGGUGUGGUUGACCUAGAUAUAUGUGGACCCAGUAUUCCUAAACUUUUCAAUGUAGAAAACCAGCCCAUUGUACAGUCACCAUAUGGAUGGAAACCCUUAGUAUCACCAAAUGAAGACGUCAAAGUGAUGUCUGUAGGUUCCAUGUUGGAUUCUGAUACAACAUCAGUCAUUUUCCGAGGGCCACGAAAAACAGGACUAAUCAAAAGAUUUCUUAAGGAUACAUUUUGGGGGAAAUUGGAUUUCUUGAUUUGUGAUACUCCUCCAGGAACAAGUGACGAGCACAUGGCGAUCGUCAAACUUCUGAAAAACGUCAAACCAGACGGAGCCAUCCUAGUCACCACGCCUCAAGAUGUUGCCGUGGCAACCAUUAAAAAAGAAGUUAGUUUCUGCCGGAAGAUGGGAGUGGCUGUCCUUGGUCUGGUAGAAAACAUGAGUGGACUGGUGUGUCCUUGCUGCAAGGAGACAUCUGAAGUUUUCCCUGGGAGAGGAGUUGUGUCCCUUGCAGAGAGUCAUAACAUACCCAUAUUAGGAAGUCUCCCCAUGGAUCCAAAGGUAACCGAGUGCUGUGAGAAUGGCAGAAACCCCUUGGAAAAUUACCCAGAAUCCCCUACUGUCCAGGGUGUUAUGGAGAUAUCUAGUCGUCUGAUUGGCCUAGUCAACAAUGGUUGACCUCAGUGAAAGUACCCCUCUUUCCACAGUAUUAUAAAGACCCAGAGAAAGGGAGAGAAUCAAAUCCUGUAGUGUGCUAGACAUGAACUAAGUCAAAGUGGCUUUUACUUGCUGCUGAAGUAUUCCUUUGACACCAAAGUAACUCAACUUCGCAAGGAGGAGGUCAACGAUAGUGAAUAAAUGCCAUAUGAUAAUCCACAACAUAUACAUUACUAAACAAUACAGGGAGAGAACAAGGAAGAUGUUUCUGUGUUCUGGUGCUAGUACAUUUUUACCUGUAUAAGUUGUAUUGUAUCAGUUGUUACAAAUAAACACAUUGUAUUAGUUGAUACAAAUAAACACAUUGUAUCAGUUUAUACAAAUAAACAGUGACUGUGUAUUCUCUGUGUAUCCUUACGGUUUUCAUUUUUUUUUAAAUUGUACAUGUGUAUUCUACAGAGAGAUUUUGUGUAUAUUGAAUAAUUAUUUUGGUGCUAGCUUUCAUUAGGAUGUUCAUUAUGUAAAACAUAAAUAUAUUAUAUGUAAUAUAAACUGAAAAGAAUUAAUAUUGUGAAUUGGUUUAAAGUUUGUAUUUUGAUAGUCGUAAGAAUGUAUGAAAAACUUUUUCCAUCUUAAUUCAAUCUUGUAUAAUUUUAAUUUCAAUUUCUUUAUUGACCAAUUAACAUGGGAAAGGUCCUCAAGGGGCAACAUGAAGAUAGUUCAAUAAACAUUCAAUAAACAUACAUGUAUAAAAGAGGGAAAGAGUUGGAUGAUUGAAAGAGCUAGGACAGACAUGGACAUUUAAUGUGUGUGUGUGUGUGUGUGUGUGUGUGUGUGUGUGUGUGUGUAUAUAUAUGUUUCUAUACUCAAUAAAUAUGUAUGUUUAUAUCAAUGUAUACAUUCUGAUACAAAUUUAUAUUGUGAAUAGUGUAAUAAAGAAUUUAUAACUUUUCUGUAUUUCUAUUCAAAAUUACUUGAAUUAAUUAUAAUUUACAGUGUAAUUAAUUAGUAGUAAAUAGUUCAUUGCAGUCAAAUCUCAUCAAUUGUCAAAAGUUCUUAGGAUGUUUUUUGUGGAUGUUCUUCUGUAUUUAAUGAUUAUUUGUAGAAUUCAUAAUAUCAAUUCAUGGGUAAGGUUUAUCCAUGAAAACUGCGAAAAUUGAUCAUCUCCUUCAAACAGUAGAGAUACGCUAUUGUUUUAAAAAUUCAGUUUUCAUUCAAAAUCCAUCUG